AGUGAGGAGUUGAAUGAAUCUUUAAAAGCACGAGGAAAAAGGAGGAAGAGGAUCAUGGCGGCUACUUGUCGGGAGGGGCAGAGAUGCAGGGAGGUUAAAGGGCCGAAGCCAUGUUCUGUGGCUGUGAAAGCAAAAGCUAUGCAUAAAGGCAUGCAAGCGAAAAUUGAAAAACAAAAAAAGCUAGAGAUUGCUUUGGAAGAGGCCUUAGCCUUCGAGAAGUACCAGAGAGAUGGUCUGACCAGGAAUAAGCUGGAGAGAAUAGAGGAGCAAAAGAGAAUGAGAUUCAAGAUCAACCAAAACUUCAAAGGAAUAAUGCUGGAGUAUAAAGCCAGCAUAGAUGACAGGAGAGACAGGCUGCGAGAGCUCCUGGAAACCGAAGAGGAGGCAUUGCUGAAAGAAUUUGUUGGUCUUGGUGAUACUGUAUUCGACCGGCAAGAAAAAAUGAGGGAAAGAGCGAAAUUCCUUCGGGAUAAAAACGAGAAGGAAAGGCAGCAACUGGUGGCUGAUAAACGUGAUCAGCAGUUUAGGGAGCAGAGCGAGGAACUGCGCAAGAUGAUGUUUCAUAAGCACCAGCUGGAGGUCAACAAAGACAGGCUGGUGCAGCUGGAGAUGAAGAAGGAGCUUGAAAGGAAGAAGGAGGAAGAAGAGGAUCUCUUUGCUGAGCUGUGGAAAAAGGACCAGCAAGCGAAAGAGGAACGUCUGGCAAAGGAGAUACAGGAGGAAAAGACUCGAAACCUGGAACUGCUCGCUGUUCAGCAAAGCCAGAUGGUAGAAGCCAAUGCCAAACGUAUGGAAGCGAGGCGCUUGAUACAAGAGGAGGCACAGUUAAUGAAAGAGUUGGAGCGUCAGAAGAAGCUGGAGGAUGAGCAGGAUGAGAUCAAGAAGGCCCAGAAACAGCUGGAAACCCGCAGCAUGCUGCAGAAGUCCAUCCAGAUGAAGAAUAAGCGUCUGGCAGAGCAGCAGAAGGAGGAGGAGGCCUUGGACACCAAGAUCAAUGAGCAGAUGCUGAAGGAGUACCAUGACGAUGCUGAGGAGCAGAAGCAAAGAAAGUUUGAGCUUCAGAGAGAACAGCAUGCAUAUCGGCAAUACCUGGCCCGGCAGGUGGAGGAACAGAAACUCCAAGAGAAGGAGAUGGAUCAGCUGAUUGAGGCUGACCUCCAGAAGGCCCUAGCCAAACGCCUUGAAGAACUGAAGAUGAAGAAAGGGGCUCGAGACCGGCUCCUAAAAGAGGUCAUGGCGGCCCGCAAGCUUCAAGUCCAACAGAAACUGGAAGAAAAUGCAAAGAAACAGGAGGAAUUGGCGGAGGAGCAGGACAGGAUCGCAAAGGUCGUCAAAGAAAUGAAAGAAUUAAACAAUGAAAGGGAGCAAAGAGUCAGGAAGAUCAACAAGGACCUCCAGCAGGACCUUGCUGAUCAGAUCGAGUACCAGCAGCGGAUUCGGGAGGCGGAGAAAGUGGAGGAGCAGACGAGGGCCGACAUUAUGAAGAUGGAGGAAAAGAAUUACCAGAAGAAAGUACAAGAUGCCAUCUCACAGUCUGGCGUUGAAUCCGACAAGUCACAUCCCUGGAAAAAGUACUGCAAGGUCCACAAGGACGUGGAGUGUUAGAACCACAGAUCACUACACUGUAGACGCUGACAUGAAGAAUGAACGUAACAUCAAAUGAUCUAGAUUUUAUCUAUUGUCUGAAAGUAUACAGUAUUUUAUAAUUCAACAGUGUCUUAUGAUGUGUUUUACUUUUUUGUUUGUUUAAGAUGGAUUUAAACCUGUUGAU